AUGGACCAAAACGUAACAAAUCUUAUAGUACCUUCUGGAAGCCGCGUGUAUAAGUUUUCAGUGUUUCAAGACAGAAUUCCUUGUCAAUGUCAUCACUCCAUUCCAUUUCCUUCAUUCCACCCUAUCUCUUGCUCAGCGCUUCACAGAUUUCCUACGUCUGAUGUCUACAAGCAUGAACAUCAUCAAUUGAAUAAUCUUGUUCUUCCUCUUCAGAUUUUAAACAAAAAAAUGUCAAGUGCCCGGAAUACUCACUGGUGCUACCAAUGCCUCGAACCAGUUCGUCUCCAAGGUCGCAAUCCAAUUUGCCCUUAUUGCUCUGGAGGAUUCGUUCAAGAACUGAAUGAGGAUUUCGGGUCUUUUCAUGGACACGAAGCUUCUGAUUACGGAUUCUUGAACCCAUUCCCAAACCCUAGAAACAGGAUCAUGGAUUCCGGGUUCAUAGAUCCAUUUCCAAACCCUAGAAACAGAAUAAUGGACGCCUUCGCUGAGUUGAUUAGACAAAGAAUGAGCGAGAGAAACCCCAACUUAUUUGAGUUCUUUAAUGGAGUUCCAGUGGAUCCUAAUGCUAGUAAUAUCUUAAUGGGGACUGGUUUAGAAGAUUUGAUUCAACAGCUUAUAGCUAAUAAUGGUAGACAGGGCCCACCUCCAGCAACCCAAUCUGCAAUUGACUCUUUGCCUGUUAUUAGGAUAACAAAUAGGCACCUUCAAAUGGAAUCUCAUUGUCCAAUUUGUCAAGAUAAGUUUGAUUUGGGGUGUGAAGCUAGGAUGAUGCCAUGUCAUCAUAUCUACCAUUCUGGUUGUAUUGUACCUUGGUUACUUGAGCAUAACUCUUGCCCUGUUUGCAGGCUCGAGCUUCCUCCUCAAGGUACUGGUAUUAUCAGUAACAGUAGCAGUAACAGUAGAAACACGCAGGACAAUGACCAAAGUGAUGGGAGGAGGAAUCCGUUAUCGUUUUUAUGGCCUUUUCACUAAACUAAGAAAGUGAUUAUUGCUAUGCAAGGUAUUUCUAUAUGCGUAUAACUAGUUGUGAAAGCUGUCUGCUAUAUGAGUUAAUUUAUAUAUAAAAAAAAGUUGAGUAUAAAAGUUUAAACAUUUGAGAAGUUUGAAUUUACAAGGAAAAAUGUUAUGCAAGGUAUUUCUAUAUGUUUAUAAGUAGUUGUGAGACUUGUGUAUUACACAAGGUUAAUUAAAAAAAGUUAAAUAUAAUGGUUUAAACAUAUAAGAAGUUUGUAUUUGUAAGGAAAAUUAUGAUGCAAAGUACUUCCAUAUGUUUAUAAGUCGUUGUGAGAUAGCAUACUAUACAAGUUUAUUUAAAAAAAAGUUAAAUAUGAAAAUUUAAAUAUUUGGGAAGUUUGAAUUUAUAAGGAAAAUUAUGAUGCAAGGUAUUUCUAUAUAUUUAUAAGUAGUUGUGAGAACUGCGUACUAUAUAAAUUUAUUUAAAAAAAAAGUUAAAUAUGAAGGUUUAAAAUUUUGAGAAGUUUGAAUUUAUAAGGAAAAUGAG